CAACACUGGCUCAGUUUGUGAAUUUAUGUCGGAAGCCCAUCGUCGCUGCGGCUGAUAAUUUGAUUUUCAUACGGUUUUCGUAUUCCAAAGAGUCCACUUAACGCGCUCGUAAAAUCACAAAAAAUCGUGUUAAACGGAUCGUAUCUAAAGUUUUUAUAAACACAUUGCAAUUGGCUUGCAUUUUUGCAUAAUUUACGCAACGAAGGCAACUGCGUGAGUGCACCAACACACAUAGGCGCGCGAAAGAGAGCGCUAGAGAGAACGAGAGAGAGAGUGAGGAGCGCAGGCGAGUUGGCAGCCGAAAAAAAGCGAAAAAUCAAAGUCUUUCGAAAAUCCACGAAAAUAUAUAAAUAGACCAAAAUGACGCGCUUGAAACAUUUCUCAGCAUAGAACGACUAUCAAUCGACAAAAGUUUAAAAUAACACUUAACGACCGGGCGAAAAGGAAACAAAGUGCCAAAGCAACGCAACGACGCAGUUAAAAAACGCUAGUUAAUAAAAGUGCAUAAAUAUUAAAAAAUUCCAAUUUUUUCUUCCGCCUUAAAAAGUUCUAUAAAUCUGUCAUCAUGUCGCGUUCAAGUAGUUUGUUUUUUAAUUCGUCUGCUAAGUUAGAGACUAAAAAACUUAAUUGAUUCGAUCAAGAAAAGUAGAAAAAAAGCAGAAAAAAGAGUUAACAAAAAAAAAAGUAAUCAUAAUCGAAACCAGUUUUGUGAAGAAUCGCGAAGAGUGUUCCAGAAAGAAAAGUGCAACAUCACAUUCCGAUACAGUAUAUAGUAUAAAUAUUGGUAUAGGAAGAAGGGACUUAACCCACACCCCACACACACAAAUACAGAAUCCACUUCGGUUAAUCUCGCUUGGUUAUUAAGGGUUAAUCGCCUAAUGGCAAGUUCGCUCAACAAGACGAGACACAGGCGCAGACUGGCUGCGAUCUCGUUCCUAUCGAAUAUCUCGUUAGAUGGCACCCAUCGGGACACCAAAUUCGGCGCAACAUUCGGCAGCAGCCUGCUCUGCAACCAGAAUAAGAACCCAUCCUCGCUGGGACUCGGCUCGGGGGGCUUUCAUCCGCACUAUCAGCAACACCACCAUCAGCGUAGCCACUCGGCGACGCAUCAUAACCACCAGAAGCGGCACCAUCCGCAGCAGCAGCAACAUAAUACCCAACACCAGCAGCAGCAGCGGCAACAUCACCAGCAGCAGCAACAUCAACAACAGCAGCAACAGCAACAACAUCAGCAGCAGAAUGGCUCACUAUGCUCGCCGCUCCUAUGCAGCGCCGAUGUCCAUGUGGGCAUCGAUGAUGGCAUCGGAAUUGGUAUCGGACUGGAGGACUGCGCCACCGGUGCCAGCGAUGGGGACGGGCAUUUUAGUGAAAUUGAAAAUAUGGGUCAAUACUUGAUGAACGUCAUGCCGGCCGCCGAACACAAUUGCAGCAGCAUUGUGCCGGCCGAGAGACGCAACAUAAAGCGCCCGACCUCGUCGGGUCGUCAGAAUCACCAGGCACCGGGCAGUGGCAAUAUGAGCAUUAAGCUCCAACAGCAGCAGCAGCAGCAACAACAGUUGCAGCAUAAGUUGCAACAGCAACAGCGGCAGGCACGAAGUUGCACCGCCGGCAGCGGAGGAUCGGGUGCCGAGAGCGGCAGCGAUUCGGACAGCGUGAAGAUACCGCUCAAGGUGUCCAAUCUGGGCAGCGGCGGUGGCGUCGCCGGUGGAGCAGGCAACAAGCUAUUGCCGCUAAGGGAACGCACCUUCAGCAAUGGGGCAAGCGAUCAGAGCAUGCAGCCAGAGAGGAGGGCACGGUUGAAUACGGCGCCGGGGAUGCGUGCGGGAUCCAAUUCGAGCAUUGCCAUGGGAGGUGGUCUAAAACGCACUUAUGUCUUAAGCGGAUCGAGCGUCAGCCAUAUCACCGACGACAGCAGCACGGAGAGCCUGACUCCGGCUGGGAAUUUUGCGGGCAGUUUCCGGAACAGUUUGAGUAAAUCGGUCCAGAUCAGCGAUAGCCGGCGAGGAACCUCCGGCCAGGCAUUGGGACUUGGACAGGGAAGGGAUGAGCGAAUGGUACUGGUGUCGCGCAAGAUUCCGUUCUUUAUAUUCUCGUCGCUGCCCUACUACAAGGGCAAGAAUGGAAGAGCUGAGUUUCGCAAGGAGGAUCGUCGUCGUCGUAAUCCAUCUACUUCACGUCCAUUGAGCUCCAUUAAUGAUGCACCCUUCGAUCCGUUUGAUUUGCUGGGCAUACAGAAGGCCGAAAGUGGUCAGGACAUAUCAUAUGGCCAUCUGCUGAUACCUUCACGUCAGUAUGAAAAGGAACGCAAAAAGCAUGGCAAUGCCUCAGCGAAUCCUUCCAUCUUCGAGAACCAAAUGGAGAUCACAGGGACGGCGGCUCUCAAGAAUCAUGGCAUUGCGAGCACAAAAACCAUAACCAAACGUCAAGGCAAAUGGUGUUUCACGUAUGAGAAUAACAACCGGAAUAGUGCAACCAGUCCGACACCGGACAUGAAAUUGGAUAUGGAUAUAGAGAGUGUUAUCCUGGGCGGAGAUUCAGCUCGUGGACAACUUAACCAACAAUACUCGGCCAGCAUCUUGGACGAUCCAGAGUUGAUUGCCGGAAAGCAUCGCACUCUGCUGACCUUCACCUCGUACAUGACCUCGGUUAUCGACUAUGUGCGUCCUUCGGAUCUGAAGAAGGAGCUGAACGACAAAUUCCGCGAGAAGUUCCCCACUAUUCAGCUCACAUUGAGCAAAUUGAGGAGCAUCAAGCGUGAAAUGCGCAGGAUUAACAAAUUGGACUCGCGCAUUGAUCUGGUGACCAUAUCGCAGGCGUACGUGUACUUCGAGAAGCUCAUCCUGGCCAAUCUGAUCAACAAGAGCAAUCGCAAGCUGUGCGCCGGCGCCUGUCUGCUGCUCAGCGCUAAGAUGAACGACGUGAAGGGCGAUGCCCUCAAGAGUCUGAUCGAGAAGACAGAGAGUGUGUUUCGGUUGAAUCGGAAGGAGUUGAUAUCGUCAGAGUUUGCCGUUCUAGUGGCAUUGGAGUUUAGUUUGCAUGUGAAUCGGCAUGAGGUUCUGCCGCACUAUCAACGGCUACUUUACGAGUCCUAGGACUGGCCCAAGCGCUGCGCUGAGAAGAGCUUCUUGGCGGCAGCGCAGGCGGUACAGCAGUUGUGUCGCAAAGGCAGUCGCAAGUAGUGGCGUUCGUACUUAUAGCAUACUUUCGGGUGUUGGUUUUUCAACGAUCAUUAUAAUAUUGCCUAGAUCUAAGGCGUAGCUACAUAAGUUUUGCUAAUACAGUCACAAACAAACAUACAAAAAAAAAUGGAAAACACACAAAAAAAAUUAUUUACAUAUACGAGUAUAUACCAACAUACCCCUUCCCCUGGUUCUUAGACUCAUAAGUGUUUAUGUUUACAUAUAUUUUCUUGGGUUUCUGUUAUAGACAUUUCAAAAAUGAAUAAACUAAAGUUAACCAAA